AUGGCAUCCCUCCUAAGACCCCUAAGAAGCCCUACCAUCCGUCGAAUACCCCCAUCAUAUAGACAACAUACAUCCCAUCACUACCUCCCCAAAGACAUCCCCAUCGAAGAAGAAACUCUCCCCCACUACAACCCCAAGCAAUACUACCCCGUCAACAUAGGCGACAUCUACCACUCCCGAUACCAAAUCAUAGGAAAACUCGGAUACGGAAGUACUUCCACGAGCUGGGUGUGUCGGGAUCUUCGAUCCAAAAACACUGAUGAUAAAGAAGACAAUGAAUACAAAGUCCUCAAAAUCUCCACUUCAAUACCAACGAAGGACUCUCAUAACCGCGAAUACAGAGUGUAUGAACAUCUCGCCAACGUAGUUGAAAAGGGAAGUUUACAUCCGGGGCAAUCGUUGAUUCGCGAGGUGUAUGAUUCUUUUGAGUUGCAAAAUGCAGCACCACUACCAGGAGUAGAAGAAGAGGGAGAAGAAGGAAAAGAAGAAGGGAGUAUACACCAAUGUCUCCUCCUCCAACCCAUGACCAUGUCCCUGCACGAUAUGCUACAACUAAACUCUAGACCGUUCGAUCUCCCGCUGUUAAAGAUGACGAUUAAGCGGAUCUUACUCGCGUUGGACUUUCUGCAUGUGGAGGCGGGGGUGGUUCAUACUGACAUAAAACCAGACAACAUCCUCCUCACCCUCCACGACCCUACCCUCCUCCUCACCUUCGCAGCCGCAGAAUCCACAUCCCCAAGCCCUAGAAAGAUAUCUGUAUCUGACCCCCCACGAACCAUCUACAAAUCUCGCCCCUUCCCCCCUCCAAAAGGAGGUAAAAACUACGGCCUCCCCACGCUCUGCGACUUCAGCGAAGCGCGCAUCGGCACUGUGCAAAAAGACACGGGACCCUUCAUCCAGCCGAGUAUUUACCAUGCGCCCGAGGUCAUCUUCGAGAUGGAUUGGGGGUGUGCUGUUGAUGUUUGGGGUGUGGCGGGUGUUAUAUGGUCCCUCUUCGAAGGCGACCACCUCUUCGGAGACGAUAACAUAUUCGACCCUAGAACAGGCCACCACGAUCCAUUCCGCCAUGUAGCGCGCAUGGUAGCGGUCAUUGGAUCACCGCCACCCGGGGAGUUUGUAUGUAGGAGUGAGACCACGACGCAGUGUUUUGAUGAGGGGCGUUAG